AUGAACGGAAUCGUUGAAGGAAGGACUGGUUUUGACAUGGAGAAUAGGAAGUGUGCGAAUGCUGAUGAAGAGAGGAGGCUGAGGAGGUUACAUGACCUGCUUGCCGACACCAUAGGCUUGAAUAUCUUGAAGCUUGAGAAUAGAAAUCUGGCCUCAGAAUUCUUGCUUCCUCCAUGGGGCGUCACCUUGAGGCUCCGUCGUCACUCGCAAAUGCAAGCCUUGUCUUACAUAUGCUCACAACUGUACGAUUGUGGACAUGCUCUUUCUGUGAUCGCGAACUGUCGGCUGCGUACACUGCCCUUUCAGACUGAAGCCUUGGGCAAGUAUUGUGGGAUAUUCACGCCGAUGGUGAUCAAGCAAAUGAUAGCAGUUCUCGGCAGGCACAAAGGUGAUGCACUGCCGAUCCAGACACUUCAGGAGGAAGUCGAUGAGGCUCUCGGCAAGGCUGAGAUAGAGGGGCGCCACUUUCGAUUCUAUAUGUGGUUCGGGCAGAAAAACACGAUUGAUAGAAUAUAUGCUGCCGCGCCGCGCCGCGCCUACGCGCCCCACUUCACUUCAACUUCGCGCAACACUCGCGUUGGUCGCGACAUUGGCUUUCACCCACACCGCACCUUCACACUUGACUUUGACUCAAUUGCACAGCGUGGAAAUGGUCUGCUGUCAACUACUAACAGCUUUCACUUAGAACGCUGUACGGCUUUUCACGGCGAUGCUCCUCACCGCAACCACUGCACGACCUCGUGGGCGCCGAUGAUGGAGAUCAUCGACCUGACCUCCGAUGCAGAAGACGAGUCACCUUCCAAGGUCCUGAAAUCAUUCAAGCCACGGAAAGAUACCCGUAAAGAGCAAGGACGGUUGAAAGAGCGCAACGUGAAUGGGCAAAUUACACCUCACAGUACGGGUUUGGCAACGAAGUCGCUCGAUGUCUCGCAUGGUCAGCAAAGUGGAAGUGACCUUGGCCGUGCCUCGGAAGUGCGCAGACCCUCGUCAUCCAUAAACGGCGCAACUUCAACUUCAGUGCGGCCUACACCAGCUCCCAGAAAUGGACCGACAAGUGGAUCCCGUACUGCUCAGAAAGAUGUGGCUUCGCAAAGAGGCUUUUUGUCCAAGGCACAUGAAGCCGCGCUUGGCACGCCUGCCAGGAGACUGAGUAUGGAGCUCAAGGACAUCGAUCAGAACCUACAGAAAUCGAUGCGGCAAUCUGAGGCUGAGAGACAGGAAAGACUUACAAAGGCGAACAUGUUCCAAGAGCGCCGCGUGUCAGCCAACACUUCGUCAAACCCUUUGACAGCUGUAACGGCAGCCAUUGCAGCGAAGAGCAGAGAUUCGGGCAGUGCAGGGCGGACCAAGGCCCACGGUGACUUCUUCAGCCUGUAUAAGAAUGGACAGAACGCCCCAUCGAACGUGGACAGGAUCAAGCCCCCGACCUUCUUUGAGAACGCAAGAGUAGCUCCGAAUGAGCAGCGACAUACGGGACCAGUGCUAUCCGGUCCCGGCAUUGCUAUUAGCAGAUUGACUCACACGCAGCCGCAGACAGACUCACCCUCAACGAAGAAUGGGUUCAAACGUCCUUACUCGGACGAUUCUCCUAAAAUCGCCCAAAAGCCUGUCACUAAGCGGCCUCGCACUGCAGAGACAGACGUCAGUCUGAGCGAGCUGUUGCAGCAUGCCAACAGCCAGACAAAAACAGCGCAGCAGACUAGCGAACCCUCGCAACGGAAAGCACCUGCAAGUAAGCGCCAAAGUGUAUUGAACGAUGUUACCGACAGGAACUUCGAGCGCAUUUCGUACAGUGACGAGCCAGAGCCAGAGCCAGCUCCACUAAGCACGUCUCGGCCGCACAAAUUAGAUCUGAUACAGUCGAUACUCUCAAAGCUUCCGGACUUGCCGCCGAACAAGCCAACAUCACAGCGUACUGGCAAAGACUUGGGAAACAAAUUCGGACAGGAGUACACCGCUGAGGAAGACAUUCUUCUAAAGCGACUCAAGGAAGUCGACCAGGUGACAUGGCAUGACAUGCCCAAGCAUUUUGAGGGCCGAACAGCGGCCUCUCUGCAGACUCGAUACUCAAAUAAGCUGAAAGGUAAACUUUUCCCAGCGAGCAGUCCCUCUCCGGCCGUCGACAAAGAGCCUGCGCCAGAAUCCGCUGCAGUUUCGUCGCAAUUGCAGCCGAGGCCGCGGCGUCCUUCGCCUGCCGAGCAGCAUCAGAAGGCAUCUAAACCCACCGUCAUCGCAUCAACUCCAGGACCUAAGAAGCCGGGGGGAAGGUAUUCUGACGAGGAUGAUGCCUUGAUACGCACCCUCAAGGAAGUCAACAAAUUGAGCUUCGAAGAGAUGCUGCGAUAUUUCCCGGAACGUGCUGCCGGAUCGCUCGCUGUACGCUACUACACGAAAAGCAAAUUCGUUGCGCUUCUGCCAAACGAUCAUCCUCGCAUGGUUCCUCUGGAAAGAGCAGAUUCGCAGGAAUAUGCUGAGCAGCCCAAAGUCAAGCGCCAGAGACGGAGCGCACCUGCGGCGACUGAGGGCGUUGUGUCCUGGAAUACUGCUCGGUCCAUUAUGAGGAAUGAUACUCCAGCGAGCGAAAGCGUCGAUAUAUACGCAAAGACUGCGCCUGAUUCUAGCGCCUUUCUCAAUCAAGACAUUGCGUUUCCAAAGUCUGUAACUCAAAUCCUGCGCCAGCGAGAGACUGGCAGCACAGGGGGCCGCCGUUCGUGGACUUCGUCUAGGUGCUCCGUACCUGAGGAGCUUAAAAACCAUGCCUUGGAUGACUACACCUUGCAAAAGUUCUAUCACGGCACCUCAGGCGACGUCGUGGGCCUAUCUUGGUCCGAGUCUGGAAAGUACUUCGCUGCUGGAUCCAUUGCGAUUACCGAUGCCCAAUCUCAACAGUACAAUAUGAGUCGUAACCUGCUGGUCGGCGACAAUGAGCGCGGUGAGCUACAAGAGUUGUCAGAUCACCAUGUGCCGCGCCCAGUCAUCAGUGAAGCCAACAAUGUCAACGCGCUGCGUUCAAUGCAACAAUCACAAGAUUCUCGAUUGUUCAUGACUGUCACAAGCACGGCUUUCUCUCAAGUACAAGAUCGCGAGCCUUGGUUGUUUACAGCUGGAACCGACAGGAUGCUAAGAAAGUACACCAUCAAGGACUGUUCGUCAGGCGAGCGAAGCGGUAUCAGAGAGACCAAAGCGAGCUAUGCUGUCGAGCACUGUGCUUCAGUAGAUCUUCUGGCCAUGCAUCCAGACGGCCUAGUUGCUACAGGAUGCCAUGCAGCAGGCGACAGCAUUAAGGUCUUUGAUUGUGAACGCGACGACUAUGGCUGUAAGUUUACCGGCUCUCCGAAUCGUAGUGACCUUCAGACCUCAGCCGCUAUAUAUCCCUCGGCCUUGAAAUGGGGAGAGCACCCUGUCCAUCGGCGCUUUCUCCUUGCCGGAUUUUCAGGAGAUGAAGACAAGCAGCUAGCGGGAGAGACUGCUUUAUGGGAUGUCGAAUAUGGUCGACGAGAAGAGAUGAUUGGCACAACGCGCAACGUAUUUGACGUUGCCUGGAACCCCUGUCCUAGUGCGGCUUCUGUAGCAUUUGGCGUGGCGUCCAACCCGAGUUCCAUCAACCUUGGUAGAGGUAUGCGCACUGCUAUACAGUGUUUUGCUCCGCUCGAUACUGGAAUCAGAAGAGUCAUCACUUGGGAGUGCCCAGCCUUGGACAUCAAUGAUCUUGUCUUCUGCCCUCACGAUGACAACCUAGUCGCUGCGGGCGCUACCAAUGGCAAAGUCUACAUUUGGGACAAACGCUGGGCUGGACAGCAUCAAAAGCCGUGGCACAUACUGUCUCAUGGCGAGUCGUUGAACGUACUCCCUCACGAUCGUGCUCGAGAAGAGACAGAUACUGGCGUCCGUUUCCUCUCUUGGGGUGCAACGAAGAGUCGUCUCUAUUCAGGCUCAUCAGACGGCAUUGUAAAGGUUUGGAACCCGUAUCGAGCUGAGAAUUGUGCCCACAUAUCCGACAUAGAUGUGCCGCGCCAGCAUCGUUCAGCUGUGAUGUCAGGCGCAUUUAGCCCAGAUCAUCGCGAGCUGCUCAUCGGUACGGAGAACGGGCGAAUAAAUGCGUUCAUGAUUGGAGGAGGUGCUGUGCACAAGGCAAAACAGUUCAAGCUUCACACUGCUCCUGCGCCACAGCAAGAGAACGAGAGCUUGCACGAUCUGGCAAGCGCUCUGGCCGAGUCCGACACUAUCGUCUUCCGCCCUUGCGGCGCCAUGCCAAUCAUUCAGGCAGUGCAAGGACACAAUUAUCAAGGCCCGUUCCUUGCUCCCUCUGCAGAGCAAUUGGGCCAGGCAGAGCAGAAACUUCGGCAAGCGCAGGACGAGCAGAACGAUAUCGAGACACAAUUGGCAGAACAAGGCCUCAGUAACUUCGAGACCGACAGCUUGAUGAAAGCGCAGACGCGCGUCAAAGAGGCUCAGACUGCAAUUGAAGAUCUUCGAGAUCGUCUGGAUUUUGCUGAAACCUCGCGUCCCAAAGCUAGGGCAUUCCAAAAAUCUUUAGUAAAAGCAGAGAGGGAGCGUAACGCUUUGCAGGAAAAAGCAAACGAGCUCUUUGGCAGAGACGUCGAGCGAUGCACAUUGCCUUGCGCUCACCUACCUACCUCAGAAGAGCUUGAUGAUAAUGGUCGUUCGAAGCUUCGCGUUCCUGGCCUCCUAUCAUCCAUAAGCAAUCAAGGACUCGCGAGAACGCGCCUCGACGCUGAGGAUAAAGCAGAGACGUGCACCUUCUGCGAGCCGCAGAAUGCCAAGCUUACACGCGGGAAACGUACCAAGUGUCUAACAUGCAUGCUAAAGCAUCUCGGUUUAAGUACAGAGUGUGUACGAUGUUCUGCGCCGGCGCGCGUCGAGGUACAGAGCGGGAAAGCGCCACUAUGCGAGCGCUGCAACUUCACUUGCUUCAGAUGCUCGCAGCCCGUCAGCUUCUCUAGGGACACCUAUUCGAUCACGUGCGAAGCUUGUAGCAUUUCUUGGGAAGCUGGUGUUUUAGGUUACGAAGUUGUGAACUUCCCAAGACGCGAAAGCUCAACUCAGAACAAAGUCGCGCAGGACGACUCUUACGACGAUGACGACUUUGGUCGCUUGGAAAUAGAGCGGUUGGCAUCGAGAUUCGAAGUUCAAGAGGAAGACUCAUACAAUGCAUAUUGA